CUAACUAUCGCGAGAACUGCAUAGAUUCAACAUGGCGGCGCGCAUUCUUUGGGCGGAAGCUCGGAUGUUUUCUUAAUUUAUUAUUGCGCUAUUCUUUUAUAAACACUACAGAACUGCCAGCAACAAACCGACAUAUUACUACACACCAAGUAGCAAAUAAUUACUCGGACGGACGUUGUUUUGCCCUUUUCUCCACCUCUUCGUCACUCUUCAAUACAGAAGACAGUUGUUACGACUACUGCAAUAUGGACAAUUUACAAAGAAGCCAACAAGACUCCGCCAACAUAAACAAAAGGAAGAACACGUCCAGUCCGACUUAGAAACCACAGGAGUAGAGUCACCUGAUUUGCCUGGGAAUGCCUGAACAUGUCUCACAAAGACGAUAGUGAAGCUCAAAGGAGCCCUCACCACACGGACCUGUACAGUGCCAUCCCUCGAACAUGCUUGCCCAUCGUGUACCACCCAGACUACAACAUCACCUUCAUGGGCCUUGAAAAGCUGCAUCCGUUUGAUGCUGGAAAAUGGGGAAAAGUCAUUCACUUCUUAAAAGAGGAGCAGUUCAUCACUGAUGGGAACAUUGUGGAAGCCCGUGAAGCUACUGAGGAAGAUCUCCUGGUGGUUCACACCAAACCUUACAUCAACAGAUUAAAGUGGUCUAUGAUCGUGGCAACAAUCACAGAAAUCCCACCGCUUCUGUUUCUACCUAACUUCCUGGUGCAGCGGAAAGUAUUGAAGCCUUUGCGGACACAAACAGGAGGAACCAUAAUGGCAGGUAAACUGGCUGUGGACAGAGGAUGGGCCAUAAAUGUAGGAGGAGGAUUCCACCACUGCUCCAGCAACAGAGGAGGCGGCUUCUGUGCCUAUGCAGACAUCACACUGACCAUCAAGUUCCUGUUCGAGAGAGUGGAAGGCGUCUCCAGAGCCACCAUCAUCGACCUGGAUGCUCACCAGGGAAAUGGACACGAGCGCGACUUCCUGGACGACAGGCGAGUGUUCAUCAUGGACAUGUACAACCGCUACAUCUAUCCUGGGGACGGAUAUGCCAAGAGAGCUAUUAAAAGGAAGGUGGAGCUGGACUGGGGCACUGAAGACUCUGAGUACCUUGAAAAAGUGGAACUCCACACUGAGGGAGCCUUGAAUGAGGUCCGACCUGACAUCAUUGUCUACAACGCAGGGACAGACAUCUUGGAUGGCGACCCACUGGGAGGACUCUCCAUAUCCCCACAUGGGAUUAUAAAGAGAGACGAGGUGGUGUUCAGAGCUGCAAGGCGGCGGGGCAUCCCCAUCCUUAUGGUGACGUCUGGGGGCUACCAGAAGAAAACCGCUCGCAUCAUCGCUGACUCCAUCAUUAAUCUGCAGCAGCAGGGCCUCAUCGGAGCGGAGACUCUGGAGGGGGAGGGCUCGUCCUCGCUGGUGACCGGCCUGAUGAGCAGCGCUGCUUCUGCAGGAUCGAGGUUCACCGCUGUCUAAGGAAGGUCAUGGACCUCCACCGCUGCCACUUUAAAUGCACUAACCACUUUGUGUUGUUCCUCUAUGCUGAUGAGAAGUUAAACCCUGCUUAUUUGCACGUACAGAGAGAUCGCAAACUUCAGAACUUUCCAUUUUUUAUUUGUGAAUACUUAUUUGACUAAUCGGAGGAUUAAAAAAACAUUGUGAAGCUGUUGGACUUUUAGAAGUUCUUUAAAUUGUGAUUUAGCUCUAUAUUGUUACAUGUUCAGGGUUCAAGGUUUGAGAGGUUCCUUUAUCUCAGGAAAGUCCUUUGUAUAUCACAUAUACUCCAUGAAAUGGGACGGAUAUGUGAUACAUAGUAUGUAAUUAUCAGUUUCUGUUAAUGAUAAAAUCGAGAAACAUAACACUAAAUACUGCAUUAACAUCUGAUGUUAUUAUUCCGGGUACAGACUCGCUACUCUUAUGUCUGACUGAUCAAUUAACUGGUGGAAGCAAACCCCAGCCCCGUUUCCUGACCCCUGAAAAAGGAUAUUUUUGUCUGUUACGUUGAGAUCUGAGCAGCUCUCAGGAUGGAUGCGCAGGCCUGUGCACUGGAGCUCAUUACUGUGUUGUAGUCCAGCAUUCAGAGCUUUGAAUGAUGGUUCACAGCAUUUGUUGUAAAUACAGACAAAAUGUGAUUAACGCAGCUGCAGGCUCUACUGAAGACUUUGCACCAAAUACCCGCUGAAAACUAACCAUCUUCUGUAAACAUAUUGUGUGUGUUUUAUAAUCAGAAUCUACAAAUUAUUAAACAACUUUACUCUCA